AAUAUCUCUUGACUGGAAUAACGGACCAAACUAUGCACAAAGACAGGCAGCUGAAAGGAAAGAGAGAUUGCGUGACGCUCCAAUUCGCGCAAUCGCAUUUCAUAUUUAUUCAUUUACUUCGCACGCGAAUUUGCAUAGUCAUGGUUGAAGUCCGUGUGAUAUGAUAGCAUUCACCAAGAGAUUUGACAGCUUUAAUGAUCGUGUGAACAGCCUGGUACAUGAAUGCCUGCGCUACACUUAGAACAGAGAGAAAUUCAGGGAACAAGGCACAUGCGUGAGGAGAAACAAGGUUACUACUCAGAUUUGAAAGUCUUUGGUUCAGAAGCUAAUGGCGGUCGUCCUUUCUUGGAGAUGUGUUUUCCUGUCCUUCACUGUUCUCAUGUGUAUUUUAUUAACGUCAUUUUAUCUUUUCUUUCCACAGACAAACAGUCAUUAUGACCCCUUCCUUCUUUUUAAACGAGACAUUGCUAAGGAACUGAAUGUAAUCCACCUGGAAAUGCGAAAGUUGGUCGUCCAAAAGCAAGCACCGUCACCGAGAUUGGUUCAACGACUAGGGGAAAUAGUCAAAGGCCUAGACAACACACUGCAAACAGCGAGCACUCCUGAAAUAGUUAGCAAGUAUGGUAGCGUGGAUGUGUGUCCAGAUGAAUACAGAGGGGCAAAGUUUGGCUACCCAUAUUACGCCACGGGCUGGGUUAUCACCAACUGUACUAACGCUAAACCAAUUAAUUCUGUGAUAACUAUUUUAAUAAACACUGUUGCAUAUCCUAAGGAAGACGAGAACAAUAUUGAAAAGGUUUUAAAGGGGGUUACAGAGACCUAUCCUACAGUUCAAGUUCAUUUAGCUACGCGUGGUAACGAAAUUAUGGACAUGGCCAAAAGGUACAAAAAUAUUAAUGUUACGAAAGUCAGUGAUACAAACCUAGGCAAAGGAUGGAACAUGUUGAUAAGAAAAGUAUCUACUCCUUACGUUCUCGUUGCAAGAGAUGUUUUUCACUUCACCUGGCUUACCCAACUUGAGAGGCAAAUACGUGUGGUCAGUCAGAUACCAAAUGUGGGAGUUGCAGGUGGAUCUUACCGUAACUUUUCAGGUCACUGGAAAGCGGGCUGUGUGCAAACUACAAUGAAAAAUUACGUCCUGGAAUACCAGGAAGGUUAUUAUCACUCAAGAAACGAGUGCAUGUUCUGUGAUUAUCUGCAGGGUCCUUUCGUUGCAAAAACAAAGCUGUUGAAGUUUGACGAGAGUCUUCCAAAUGAAGUCAUUUUUGAAGACUGGUUUUUGCGUGUUGUUGAAGAUGGACACCUGACAAUGUCAUGUCCAGACGCUAUGUAUUUCACGACAGAUUACAGUUCGUAUUCCAAAAAUAAUGAUAAAAACAUGUGGAAACCUUUGGCUAAGAAGUGGGAGCUUAAUCGAGUGUUACUGCCCCAGGGGGUGAAGCAUUCCUUUUCCUGUAAGGAUGUUGGAUUCCAGUGCGCUGCCGAAAGCCAUUUACUCCCAGUUUGUUGCCAGGAGGAGUAUGCAGAUGCAUUGGCCUUUCUUCAACGGUUUGCCGAUGAGAACAAUAUUACAUUCGAGCUUGAUACUGGUUCCGCGUUAGGUGGUGUUAAGUUCAGUGGACUCAUUCCUUGGGACAUAGAUGGAGACGUGAUUGCUUUAACAUCAGACAUCAAAAUCUUUGGCAAGAGAGAAACAGGGGAUUACUUUCGCAAAAAUGGUUACAAUCUUACCGGGUAUCAAUCGACGGGGUCUAAGUAUGUCGAUAUUAAAUUCAAUGGAUUCGACAUCGAAGUAUGGGGCAUGUCGAUUGUGACAAACACUCAGUACCUCCCCCCGGAGCUACAAAACCGUGCAAAGUUCACCAAAGCGAACAUUCGGGGUAACUGGAUUGAUACGGCGUUUAGUCCUGGUUUGUUCUCAAGAAACCGAUAUGGAAGAGAGAUCCUAAAGCAUUCCCAAUCUUGGCGAAAAGUGAAAUUAGAAAGCAGUUUUUCUGACUAUAAUCCUGGCAGCUUUGAACCUUGCGAGAAACCAGACCAUCAUGCUUGCUUACAAAAUUUCCCUGCCGACGGUAACAUUCCAUUUUUGGUAACAUAGCAAGGCUUAGAUACCGUAAUAGCCCACGUGUAAGAACCUGAAUUUUUCAGUUUAGCCUAAAUAGGUUCUUAUAUAAAUGGUACUUAAAGCAUAUUUAGGCUACCAAGGUUCUUAAAAUAGGUUCUUAUAUUUUCAUAUGAAUUUCAUCUGAAUACACUAUAUAUAUUAGAAAUAUCAUCUCAUAGUACAGUUUAUUAUAUGGAGAAGAGUGUUUUACUGGGAACUAAACCACUCGUAGAUUCCAUACGCCACUUCAUCCGGG